UAAUCUCUCUCUCCCUCCAACCGGUUCAACUGUUGACCGCCCCCUCUCUCUGACUCUCUCUAAUGGCUUUUCACCGUCCCAAUUCUCCAUAGAAAACCAUAAGAAAGUCGUCGAAAUUUAACUAAUAUUGGCCGAUAGACGACGCGUAAUGGUGAUUGAUUCGGCGGAGUUUCUGAUCCCGUCGUGGUGGGAGAUCGAGGUCACGGUGGCGGCGUCUGUUUUUGUAGUUGGGGCUUAUUGGUUCUUCGUUUACGCUGGAGGGGGAGGACGAGGUGGAAAUGGCGAACGGUUGCAGCAACUCGGUGAUGGUUCUGGGAAUUCCGUGGAUGUAAUCGAUGAUAAGUACAAGAUGGCCCAGUUGAAAGGAGAUACCCAAUCCAAUUCUCCAUAUAUAAUCAAGGUGGAAUUGUUGGCAGCAAAAAAUCUUAUUGGUGCAAACUUAAAUGGCACUUCAGAUCCUUAUGCUAUAAUUACUUGUGGUUUGGAGAAGCGAUUCAGUUCAAUGGUCCCAGGCUCCAGAAAUCCCAUGUGGGGAGAGGAGUUCAAUUUUUCUGUUGAUGAGCUUCCUGCUGAGAUCAACGUGACAAUAUAUGAUUGGGACAUAGUUUGGAAAAGUACUGUUCUUGGUUCUUUGACUGUUAAAGUUGAAAAUGAAGGUCAAACUGGGGCUGUUUGGCAUACAUUAGAUAGCCCAUCUGGGCAGGUUUGUCUCCAUAUUAAAACGAUAAAACUCCCUGUAAAUUCUUCCAGGGUUAUGAAUGGCUAUGCUGGGGCUAACCCUCGACGAAGGAUAUCGGAUAAACAAGGGCCAACAGUGGUUCAUCAAAAGCCAGGGCCUUUGCAAACAAUUUUCAACCUUCUUCCCGAUGAGGUUGUUGAACGUAGUUAUUCAUGCGCACUUGAGAGGUCAUUCUUGUAUCAUGGUCGCAUGUAUGUCUCUGCAUGGCACAUAUGCUUCCAUUCUAAUGUUUUUUCCAAGCAAAUGAAGGUGAUUGUACCAUUUGGAGAUAUAGAUGAGAUACGGAGGAGUCAACAUGCAUUUAUUAAUCCUGCCAUUACUAUCAUCCUUCGAAUGGGUGCGGGUGGGCAUGGGGUACCUCCUUUGGGAAGUCCUGAUGGUAGAGUCAGGUAUAAGUUUGCAUCAUUUUGGAACAGGAAUCAUACAUUCAGGGCAUUGCAACGUUUUGCAAAGAACUACCAUGAAAUGUUAGAAGCUGAGAAGAAGGAAAGCGCAGAGUCAGCCUUGCGUGCACAUAGUAGCUCUGUUAAAGGAAGUAGAAGGCAGCCUAAGAUUCCUGAAGACAGUGUCUUGAAAACAGAAAAACAUCAACAAUUUAUCAAGGAGGAGGUCCUUGUUGGUAUAUACAGUGAUGUUUUCUCAUGUACAGCUGAGCAGUUUUUUGAUAUAUUAUUAAAUGAUAAUUCUAAUUUUACGAAUGAAUAUCGUUCACAGCGAAAGGAUACUAAUCUUGUGCUGGGGCAGUGGCAUACUGCAGAUGAAUAUGAUGGCCAAGUGAGAGAGAUAACGUUCAGAUCCCUCUGUAACAGUCCUAUGUGCCCACCUGACACAGCCAUGACAGAGUGGCAGCAUUCGGUUUUGUCUCCAGAUAAGAAAAUACUUGUGUUUGAGACUGUACAGCAGGCACAUGACGUCCCAUUUGGCUCAUACUUCGAGGUACAUGGUCAGUGGCACUUGGAAGACAAUUCUGAAAAUUCAUCUACUAUAGAUAUAAAAGUGGUCCAAACCCAGAAAGGAAAGAGGGACAAGGGGACAUGACAGCUAAGGAUGGAGGAGUUAAUGAACAAGAGAAAUUUGCUAGAAGGGAUAAAAGAGGGGGUGAGAUUCAGAGGAGAAAAUGCACUGAAAAGAAGAAGAGAACACGAAAAAAUUUGAUAUUUUAGGAUUGAGAAAAUAUAGAAGCAAGAAAUGAAAGUGAGUAAAUUUCUCUUGUUCACACUCGGUUUCUUGGAUGCACAUUAUCCAUAUUCUCCUUCCCCUGCCUUUAUUCUCUCCUAGGACAUCUCUAAGCUUCAUAACCUGAUCUAAAAUUUUCUCUCUUUCCAGAUUUGUGAAAGUGACUUUAUGAGCCAAGCCUUCCCCGCCACAUCUAUGUUCCAAAAUAGUCAUGCCGGGCUACGACCCUUCGCAUAGGGUAGAGCUCCGGUUGGGCUUUGGUUCUUUUUCUCUCCAAAUUGAACUUUCCCAACAUGCCGUCAUUGGUAUCUUUGCCCACUUUACUAUUCCAUCAAAGGAAAACAUAAGCUGCCUGCCUUUUCACUAUUACCAUUUAAACAACUUCAACAAUCUUGUUCUCAUAUCUUCUAGAAAAUUACAUUUUAUAACUUGGAAUCCAAAUUCUGUCUUGCUCUCAUUUGAAACCAGUCCGAAAACCCCGAAGUUUGAAUGUCCUGAUCUUUUGUCCCAGCACACUAUAAAACACCUGCAGGAAAGGAUACUAUUCUUACCAAAAAAAAAAAGGGAUACUAUUGUCAGUGGUGGAAUAAGUGGGAAGGGAUAUCAUGGAGGGGAAAAUAAUCAAUGUUUUGUUCAGGAAAAAUAAGUUGAUUAAAUAGGAUUGAUUUCCUUAAUUGUUCUUGCAUCUGUUCGUGUUAUCACACUGCUUUCAUGUGGAUUGCUGGCUUCUACUCUUUGGCCCAAACAUAAAAAUUCUAAUAAUGAUUAUUGAUUUGAGAGUUAAAGUUAAUUUCCAUCAUUCUGUGUUUGUAUGAGCAUGUUCAACAUAGAAAUAGCGGUGUCUUUGAGGAGAAUCGAGAGAAUUGUAUAGGAGAGAGUAUGAAGCGAAGAGGAAGACCAAAGACAUUGCUUGAAGUAGUAAGGAAACAUAUGAAUUGAAUAGGAGUCGAAGAAAGUAUGAUCCUAGAUAGAAAUGAAUGGAGAAAACGAAUAAACACAAUGGAUUCCCGUUGAUUUUCUUGUAGACUCAUGUAGCCGAUCCCCAAACAUUUCAAAUAAAAAACUCAGAUAAUGAUGAUGAUCAUUCAGUGCUGGUCCAUUUUGUUACUUACAACUUGUCAAGAUUAUUCUAUCUAUAUGAUUGUUCCAAAGUAAACAGGUGAGAUUUUG